AUGUUAAAGAGAUACCUAUUUUCUUCUAUAAACUUUUCAUAUUAUCAUUUUAUUUUCAUGUUUUAUUUGUUUUUUGGACAUGGUGUGUGCUGUUUUUUUUUUAGUUAAGCUUGUAUGUAAAAGGUAAAGACGCUUAUACACACUUUUAAGUACAGUGUUGUUUCUUCAGAAGUGGGCUUCUGUGCAUAAAUCUAUCAGACAUGGUCAUAAAAUAAACAUGGGCUGUCUAACAAGCAGACUCUGGCCUCCAUCUGCUGUUCAGCGACUGGAGGACCCUGUCUUGAUGUCUGAUGAAGCACCAGGAAAUCACAUGCACAUGGCAGUAGCCUUGUGUAACUUUCCACUUCAAAGGUCUGAUGAACACUCCAUAUUGUUAGGAGACAGACUGAACAUUAUAUCAGAAGAUAAUGACAUGUUGACGGUUCGUUCUACAUCAACUGGCACAGAGGUUUUCAUUCCUCACACCUACGUUUGCAAAGUGCAUAGCCGGUGGCUUUUUGAAAGGAUCACAAGGAAAAAUGCAGAACAACUUCUUAUGCUGCCUCCGAACUACUCUGGAUGUUUUCUAAUUCGGGAAAGCCAGUCAUGCCCGGGUUCCUACUCACUUUCGGUGCGGCAAAAUGGAGGCCAUGUGCACAAUGUAAAGCACUACAGAAUCCAUCAGCUCCACAAUGGCUGGUUCUACAUCCACCACAGCAACUACUUCUCCACUCUCACCCAGCUGGUGGACUUUUACUCACGGUCUUCUAGUGGUACGUUCUUUCAGCUGACUGAACCUUGCUUACUUCACGACUCCAACACAGCUGUAACACACAGACCCACACCUGUGACAAUCCAGAGGUCCAGCCUUAACUGGAGAGAUUUGUCCAGGUCGAUGGUUCAAAGGCAGCUUAAUGGAACUAACCAGGAGAGUUUUGUCAGUGAAGGAUUACGAGAGACUAUGAAAGCAUAUUUUUAUGUCACAGAGUCAUCAGACUGUGAGGACUGAGUGACAUCCAACACAGAACAGACCUGUGAGAGACUGAUGAAGUUAAGUUAAAGAUGUUUUGGGUAUGUGGUGGGCAUUUUGAUCACAGUCCAUUCCUAGUGUCGAGCAUGAUUCAUGAUAUUUUGUUAAUUAUUUGACGAUUUUUUUUUUUAUGUAAUAGUAGUUUUGUAUCUGUCACAGGAUGUAUUACUUUGGGAAACUACAGAGUAAAUUCCUCAGUUUUCAGUAGGAACCAACAGAAAACAAAAUAGCAAUACAAACAAAAUAACAAACUAUAAUAUAAUUAUUUAAAUGCUUUUAUUUUACUUUUGCAUUUAAUGAAACAAUAUUUUUGAAAUCUGCAGUUUUUAUAAUGUGUCAUUUUUACGUUGUCAAAAUGGGGGGUCACCUUUUUAAUCCACGUGACAACUGAAAUGUUUAUGUAUUGUGAUCGUGAUUUAUAUGACAGAGAACAUUUUUAAUAAUUUUAUAUAAUCCCUUUAAAUAUGUAGCAAAUAAGGUAGCUGCCUCUGUAUUAUGACUUAUACUUUUAUUUUAAAAGGUAUAAGUAUUCUCUUAUUUACAGUCAUUUAUUUUAAAUACCCUGUAUUCACAGUAAAAUACAAUCCUUCCAAAUGAAAAAUAUUUUUUGUCACAAAUGCUAGUUCGCUGGCUCCUUUCCUUUUAAACAGGCAACAUUUAACAUUAAGUUUUAACUUUUUUUUUUUUUUUUUUUUUUUUGUGGUGUCAGAAAAUGCCAGUUUUAUGGUUUUAACAUAGAGCAGGGCUUUGCACAGGUGGGUGGACCUCAGCCUCUAAAAGUGUUGUACAGAAUAUCCAUGUUCUUAGAAUUAAUCUAAUUAUUGUGCCUGAUCAGAUCUAUAGAUAACACCAAAUUUGCUGUUGUUGGCAGAAUUUGUAGAUCAAAAAAAAAAAAACCAAUAAUUAUUACUAGUAAUCAGACUGAAUCUGAUUCAAACCCAUGUGAAAUAAAUAAUAAUUUAAUAAUUUCCUUUUACAGUCAUAUUUAUUUUCUUUAAGUUAUCUUUAACAACAUAGAACAAACCAAAUGAAAUUUAUUUUUUUUAUAUUUAAUUGUUUCUGAAACAAUAUGUUGAACACCAAAGUUAGCCUUCCUAAAAACAAAGCAGAGAGUUUGGUGGCCAUUAGUGACUACUGAUGGAAAGAUAUAUAUUUUUUCUUUUUUAUUUGUUUUCAUAGCAAUAUCUGGCAACGCUGCCAGAACUUUAAACUGAUAGUAAUCAAAAGAGCCCACAGACAUGUUAUUGCUGACAGGAUACCACAUUCGGUAAGGCAAACGCAAAAACAAAAAACACAUCAUGAUAUUAACCGUCAGAAAUGUUAUCAACGGUAUCAAAACAGUAGCAUAUAACACAACAGAGAUCUGUAGAACAACUAGGUAAUGUCUAUGCUAUUUCAUAUUGUAGUUACAUUUUCAGUCGUGCCAACAACAUUCUUAAGGCCACUAGACCAAGUUUUCAUUUAUAUAGCAAUAGUUAUUAAUGAAAACUAUAACAGUAAUAGGCCUAAUAAACAACUGAUGAUAUGAACAAAUGA